AUGAUGCAGGAACAGACCGUGCACGUGCCGAAGGUGGUGACCCAGAAGCGUCAGACUCACCAGCACGUUGAACAGAUCGUCGAGGUCCCCGUGCCCAUGACACAGGAGGAGGUGGUCCACGUCCCCAAGAUCAUCACGCAGACCAGAGUGCAGCAGGAGCGCGUGGAGCAGAUGAUUGAGGUGCCCAUUCCGAUGCAGCAGGAGGAGGUCGUGCAUGUUCCCAAGAUUGUCACGCAGCCUCGGGUUGUGCACCAGCCGGUCGAGCAGAUUGUCGAGGUGCCCGUCCCCAUGACCCAGGAGGAGCAGGUCCACGUGCCCAAGGUUAUUACGCAGACCCGAGUCCGUCAUCAGCCCGUGGAGCAAAUCGUCGAGGUGCCGGUGCCCAUGACGCAGGAGGAGCAGGUCCAGGUGCCCAAGAUCAUCACCCAGACGCGUGUCCGUCAUCAGCCGGUCGAGCAGGUCGUGGAG